AAAUACAUUAUGUGAGAAUUAAUAAUUUAAGUGAAGGCUGCUUGCCUAUUAUAUUAAUACCAUGUUGAAACUUUUGUACACACACACACACACACACACACAGGGCAUGAGGCUCAACAAUUCAAAGUGUCGUCCUGCAGACAGCAAGGCAGGGAAAAGUUGUUGCAAACAGGCUUACAUUUAUACAAAGAAACAGGGAUAUCAGAAACAACAUCAUGAACUGAGGACAGUGUGUAUUGUAAUGACCAUGAGAGGAAAAGUAUCAGUUUUGGGGAACGAAGCAGAGACUUUACAAACAGAGGAAGUGUAGGAUUCCUCCACCAGGGCGCUGUCUCCGCUCGAAGGGUGGACUAAGAGCUAAGUCUAAACCACAGCUCCAGAUAGAUAGUUGUACAUUUAAAACUCGGUGUGAUGUUAAGAAGAGCACUCUUUUUUAGGAUGAUGGCUGCAGAUUAACAGCUUGCUGACUGUGGUUUUCUGAAUAGAAAAGAUCCUUGUACAAGAUGCUUUUGAUCCUCCAAUGCCUUAAUAAAUGCCAAAUUAAGGAAAAGCUUCUCUCCAGACUUUUCUUUUGCAACGCGCUGACAUUUACCUACCUAAUGUUUUUUCAUUCUAGUUUUUGUUGUUGAAACUGACACUGAUCCAAACCUGGUGAACACGAAACUUCCUGACCCACGGCUUGAUCAGUUUUUCAGAAAUAAAGACUCGUUAUAGUUUCGUGUUUUUGAAGAGGAAGAGCUGAUCUGAGAGCUGCAGAUCUACACGGUCUGUCCGUCUUUCUGCAGGGAUUCACAAUUAUCCUCCAAACUCACUGUUACUUUUUCCAGCACUGUGUGUGUGUGUGUGUGUGUGUUGCACUUAUCCUGGUUAACCAUGCAGCCAUUAUGAUGCCUCUGAUAAUCAAUCUGCUUCUACUUACCUGUAUUUAAAUCCAUGUACUCUGGUCCCAUAGCAACAGGGAGGAAGGGGUGAGGUGGGGGUGGUCAGGGGGGUAACAUGACAUCACCGCGAGCAGAGAAGGUCGUCACUAAUUUAAGGGCAGGCGGACAGGGUUUUUUCCGUCAUUAUUAGCGUGUUAGCUGCAGUGUCAUUAUUAUUAUUAACCCAGGUGUGUUUUCUCAAUGACCCAAUCCUCCGUCCUGAAUGAAUGGAGCGAAGGAUGAAUGGAGGAAUGGAGCGGAGGUCGUCCAGCCCCAGGGGGGACGCCGACCAUGGGAGAGGGCCCCGUUGCCCCUAGCAACAGCAAAACAAAGGGGGGAAAAAAGUCACCCGGAAGACAAACUGAACCUCCAUCACCAAGAGAGGGAUCAACUCAGAGUUUAACGCGGGACAGAAACAGAUCAGAUCACAUGUUACAACGUGGGCCAGGUCUAACUGGGUCAGGAAGUGUCCUGGGAAAGGCUGCAGGUCUUUGGUCUGCUGGCCUUCUUGUAUUUAAAAUGUUUGGUACGAACUGAACCUGACGCGUCACACAGCUCAUGCACAGAUAGUCUGCCGCUCUCCACGGAAUUAUAAAGCCUCAAUCUGAAUGAAUUUAAAUAUUUUACAGAAAUUAAAAGUAAAAUGGUCGCCGUGUUAGUGAGACGUGCAUCAUAAAUGCACAUUACAGUACGCGUCUUGCGUUUCCCUGCGCGGGAUCAAAAACAUUUUCCUUAUUUGCUUAGAGGUUGCUCGUGUUAUAAAGUGCGUUUGAAGCUCGUCACACUGCUGCAUAAGCUAGCGGUGGAUUUAGCUAAUGUUACAUUUUGUCUCUUCCUGCCAACAUCGCGGUACGAUUUUAAGGUUGUUUUAACUCUGAAACUCAGAGGCGUUUUGUCCAGCUAGAGAUCAGCCUCAGGUCACCGUGGUUACAAGUCCUUUUCUAAACUUUGAGCGCAGCGGAAAGGUGUGAAAUCCGGGUGAUAGCGCCAUGGAAAGGUUCGACGUCUCGGCUCUCUCCACGAGGAAACACUGACUGAAAGGUUCCCUGCGUAGUUUUCUGGUAAACAAACAAACUUAGAUUUACUUUAGAAUAGCAUUUAAAAAAAGAUAUGCUUUUAUUUUUUAUACCAAACAAUAUAUCAACAAAAUGGAGAACUGCUCUAAAAACCAGAUCCCCACAGCGUGGAGACGAUCACCAGCAGAUCUAACUCCGCCUGUCGAUCAACAACAUUCAGACUCACCUGGCUGUUUUGGUUCAGUGCCUGAAUUUCAUACCUGCCGUCCUCUUUGUCUUUCACCAACAUGCUGUUCGUGUUAGCUGCUUUAUUUUGCUCUAAUUUAAUGUUUGUCGUGAUAUUUCUGUUAAUCGACUUCGCAGCUGCAAACGCCUCUGGCUCUCACUCCCGCCUACAAAGCUCUGAUCGGCUCUGUUGUUUUGAGGAACACGGCAGAAAUAUCUGAAUUGAAAGAAUCGGAGAUGUGGGCAACAUAAAAGUAAGAGGCUGUGUUAGUCGCAGCUCGACGGUCCGGGACCGUGUGUGGAAGAUAUUCUCGAUGUUAAUGUUUAUUUUAAAGACUGCCUUGCAGGAGCGACGGAGGCUUGAGGACAGGAGCGGGGUGAGGACGGACGGGAGGAGAGAAGAGGUGGGGUUGCUCCCAGGAGGUUUCAUUAACAGGUAAUGGUCCUGAUGAUGAAAUGUCAGACACACACAGUGGAAAAGAAGGGAAGCACAGGAAGUGAUGUCACAGGAGCGGAGGCUGCUUAUUGGACAGGAGAUUCCCGGGCAGCUGCUAUAAAACCUGAUGUACAGACAUAGAAACAGAGACGAGCCGACGCAGCAGGACAGACACACUCCUCCUCCGAGAGACUCGACUCCAGACUGAAGGUAGACGCUGCUGUUUGUACGUGUGUGUGUGUGUGUGUGUGUGUGUUGCAGGUGUGCACAGGUUCAGACUCCUGCAGGUGUUACAUUUCAAAAUAAGUCACGCUUCAGUUUUUAUUUUUUUUAUCUCAGUGUCCCAGAUUUGCAGUUUGAGCUGCUGCAGGAUAACAACACUUUUUCACACAGUGAAAGUUUCACUGCGAGCGUCACUCGAGCUGCUGCAGCUCUUUUCUCGUGAGGUUGAUUAAUAACAGUGAAUGUAAAUCACUGCUGCAGAAACUGCUCUCUCUCUCCUGGCUUAUUUAUUUUUAUGCUUUCAGCAGCUCUUUGCAGCUGUUUCUAAGCUGGAGCCUUUUCUACGAAAUGACCUUUUGCAUUAUUUUAUAAUCUUAUUUCUCUUCAAUUCUGAUUCGUGGAUACUUUGUUACUGCAGUCUUUUGUAGUGAAACAAAUUAAAUUCUUGAACACAUGCGUUAAGGUUUAAUGGCUUGUUAAUUUCAUUUUCUCUUAGUGUCAGAUUUUUGCAAAGGAAAAUGUUUAACAAUCUCCAGACAAACAUGUCCAGCGUUCAGGUGUUCGUGUGAACAUGAGCUGAUGUUCAGUCUGCUGCGGGGCUGCGGGGAGGAAACACGGGGUAUUUUUGUGAAUGGAAGAAUUUGCAGAGUGUGUGUGUGUGUGUGUUUUUAUGUCCUCACACGUGCAUGAAUGAGAGCUGCAGUACGUCAGCAUCAGCAGUGGUGUGAAUGGGAGAAGUUCACCGUGUGUGUGAGCAUGACUGUGUGUUUUAUUAUGUACGUGUGCACGUGUGUGAGCGUGCACAAACGUUUGUGCAUCAUCACGAUUGCGUGUGAUGUGGACAGGUGUUUGUUUCUGGUGUGUGUGUGUGUGUGUGUGUGUGUGUGUGUGUGUGUGUGUGUGUGUGUCGGGGAAUGCAGGAGUGUGCACGUCACUGAGCGUACAUGUGACAGUCAAAAGACAUUUAUUUGCAGGGAUGGAAAAUGCUAAAAUUAGCCGAUGUUGCUGGACAAUACACUUCACCUGUCAGCUGAGCUAAAAGUGUCUAGCUGUGUGUGUGUGUGUUAGUGUGUGUGUGUGUGUGUGUGUGUGUGUGUAGUGUGUGUGUGUGUGUGUCACUGGAAAAGUGACAGAAUGAUUUUAUACUCGAAAGUUUGAUUUUUAAAUGUGCUGUUGAUGGACGAAGGCGACAUUUGUCACCUUUUAAUGUCGCUGCUGUUGCAUUCGGGUGCAGCUGGGAAAGUGUGAACUUCAAAUUGGCUGCUGAACACGGCAUAUUAUAGUGGAGGCACCCACCUCACCUGAGAUAGAGAUGUCAGUCUCGUGAAAUCUAAUAUUCGGCUCAUUCAGACGCCGAGAUGCAGCACCUGAACAUGUUGUUGCUGCCGCAGAUGCAGUUCUGUGGCUGUUUGCUGCUCUCCUUCCUGCUGUCCAUCACCGUGCUCCACUGCAGCGUCGACGGCUUCAGAGUCCAACGCCACCCUGCUCAGCAUGUAGACCGGCCCAUGUCGAGGUCUCCGGCGGCUCUUCGGCCUCGUCCUGGAGGGGUGAAGGCAGGGGAGGAGCUAACGGCAAAGCUGCUUCGAUUGGACGACCUGGGGGGGAUGGAGAAUGAUGUCAUGGAGCCAAAGAGGAAGAGGAGUUUCCCCGGCAACAACGCCCCGCUGGACCGCCUGUCAGUCAGCUCCAUGGAAACCAAACAGGGAACAAACAAGCAGAGCAAAGCAGUUGAGUUGCCACGGCGACGAGUCAAUCCGCCUCCCAUCGACAGGAUUGGAACGAGUCGUCUACCAAACAGUCGAGGGUAGGCCACGCCCCCUCCCUCUGACAGCCCGCCCCCUUCUCUACAGCGCCCUCCUCUGGACAGAGGAAUCACCACAGAUGCAUGAAACACAGCCAAUCACCUGCUGAGCCACGCCCACCACCUGCCAAUCAUCCACCUUCACUCCACCGCCUUCACUCCACCUGAAAGCCCCCCCGCCCCCCGCACAGCGAUGAAUGUUUAAUGAUGGUGCAUUCAGGUGCUGCUUGGUAAAUUUAUCACACGUGUCUGAGAAGUCAGGACCAAAGCAAUGAGCAUUUUGUUUUGUGACACACGUGGUUUGAUCCAGUGAUCAGAUUUCAUGUUUAUGUCCAAAGCAGCAGAAAGUCUUAGUAUGAAACCGAAAACGUUCAAAACCUGCCUUUAGAUUCUACACAAUCCUCCAGAGAACAAGAAAACCGUCUCCACUAACAGACAAGUUUUAGAUUUCAUCCUUCAGGAAGUCCAUUCAUGGCAGAUUUGCUCGGGAUUCAUAAACGUAUUUCUGAAUAUAAAUUUGGUAAAUCUCAAUAUGCAUUUCAGAAAGUGAAACUGGGUCGUACUUUGUUUUUUAAAGUAGAAUUUGAUCAAACUGAAUUCAAUACUCUGAAGAGGGUAUCGCAUCUCAGCACCAACCGAAAUGUGCCCAAAGCAUCAAACUGUCCAGCACUGACAGUCGACUCGGAUCAUAACCUUGUUGACUUAUUCUUUGAUCAGAUAGUUUAAGUCAUAACUUUAGACAUUUGUCGUCCCUGCGUCAGCCUCUAGCACUGCCUACUUCACCAAGAGGCGCGACGACUGUCACUUUAAAUUCACAUUAACUUCCUGGUACGCACAUCGAGGUGCAGUUGAAUUGGUUAAAAUCUGUGUUCGUCAAAUAUUCUGGAUGUUUUGUCUCAGAAAGCUGAAUCUGAAUUCGAGCAUCGAAGUGCGUUUACAAAGUUUUGUAAACUUUAAAUUUCGUUCUGACAGAAAAUUAAUCCCAUUUCAGGAAAUCACAAAUUAUUUUUUGGUCAAAGUUGAAUAUUUUCCUGCUGCCACAGAUGUUUUUGAAAACUGACUGAAACUCAUGAACUGUUGGAUGAAACUUUCUUGUUUUUUAGGGUAUCACCUGAAUGCAUCAUCCCUCCUGUGACUCUGACUGGAGGCGUCUGCCGCCUCGACGCUGACACGCGUAAUUUUUUUCCAACUUUUUUGUGUCAAGUCCCGCCCUACUGCGCUGUGAUUGGCUCGUCACUUCGACGCGUCCUUGUGAUUGGAUGCUAGCCCCGCCGUUUUUUAGGAAAGUCCUGCUCCCAACACUAGUGACGUCGACGAUAACGUGACAAUAAUAUAAUACAAAUAUAUUUUAAAUCCUUUUAUCUACAGAGUUUAACUCCUUGUUCAUGUAACAUUUGCUUCUCAGCAAAUCAUCAUUCAUUCAUCAAUGAACACAUGACAGCCAUGUGUUGCCAUGGAGACAAACAAAGGGUUAGAGGACUGUAUAAGGUAACACGAGAGGCUAAAUUAGUUAAAAAUAACAUGUUUUAUCUCGGGAAACGGCUGUGCUUAUUAUCUGAACCUAGGCCCUCAGAAGUGUCAGUGUGCUAAAUAAACUCAUCUUUCCUAUUUCAUAAUAAAUUAACCAGAAAAUGAAGGCAGUAAGUCACAGGCGAGAGAUCCGACAGCUAGCAUCCAACCACAAGGGCGCAUCGAAGGAACGAGCACUCGCCAAUCACAGCGCAGCAGGGCGGUGACCUGCCGCGAAGACAAAUAACGCAGCUGAAACUGAACAUCUGACGUGACUUUCUGCCUCGUAGCUGUUUCUGUCCAGCAGGUCUGACUGCAGGACGACACGCUGAGCGACGGCUCCACUGCACCGGUGCAUUACACGGUAGAGAUAGGAGGACUUUACCAAGCGACCACAAUCACGGUUUAACGUUGAAGCCACUUUAUAGCGAGCAGCGUCCAGUGGCCAUUAGAGGAACUGCACCUUAAACGCUUGAAGGGAAAGUUCAAUAUUUUGGGAAAAAAAAAACUUAUUACGUGUCAUUACAUUUUUCGAAGCAUGCAGUGUUCAAACUGUCUUCUAUCAGCCUCAUAUGUGUGUGUUAAGUCAUUUGAGUCAGGACAUGGUUAGCCUAGCUUAGCAUAAAGCCUGGAAGCAGUUGGCCUGUUCAAACAUGCACCUCUACAGCUCACUGAGUUAACGUGCUGCUGCUGCUUCUUUGUUUAAUCUGAACGUGAACAGAAAAGGAGGAACCACAGUUUGUGCUUUAAGAACAGCCUCUGGUGAUGUACCAACAAUCGACCAAUCAGACUUUUGUAGGCGGAAGCAAGAAUGGGGACGCCACAAGCGUCGAUGAGAUCGACGUAGCUGAAUGUUGCUUUCGUCGACUUUUAGAAAUAACUCUUUGACCUAUUUCUUUAAUCAAUGUGACAGACGUUAGACUAACUGCUCCCAGCGUCGGUGUCAACUGAACAUGACGUUGGAGGGAUGAAUAUGUCACUACUGACGAACACAAAGUCAAAGAAACGAAUCGGCAGUUCAGUCUGAUGAUCGAGCUGCAGAUACGGUCAGUGAGUACAGGAUUUGGUCUCUGUACCGAAUCUUGCAACCUCACCGGACGGCAAGAUGUCAGGAAGCUGCGCAGGCUGUUUAACGAGAAAUAGUUCCAGCGUGUAACUCGCCCUAACGUCUGCCGUCUUUACGGUUCAGUUUGUGUUCAGAUGAAACAAACGAGACACAACAUGUUACUCAGUGAGCUGUAGAGCUGCUGGUAGGCGUAUUUUGGACUUUGGACAGAGCCAGGCUAGCUGUUUCCCCCCGUUUCCAGUCUUUAUGCUAAGCUAAGCUAACCACAUCCUGACUCCAGCUCUGUACUAAGCACACAGACAUGAGAUUGAUAAGUCUCGGAAAGACAAGAAGCCAAAAAUGUUGAACUAUUCCUUCAAAUAACACACAAAAAAACCCGGCCAGAUCUUUUGCAGCCUCAGGCUACGACUCAAGACAGCGAACAGAUGUCUGAAGCCUCGACGUGAAAACAGAAGAAGACAUUUUGUUGAAUUUAUGACGGCUGAUUCUGUGACCUCAUUAAGGUUUCUGUUCCACGUCAGAUAUUAACGGAAAGCGUUCAAAACAUUUAAAACCACCAGAAUGUUCCUCCGACUGACCGUCGCAGCCGCGUGCUGCUUCCUGUCCGCAGCCUUUAAAGUCAGCUGGCUCAGGUUCAUACGAGUGCUGCAUCAGCACAAUAUUACUGUAUGACACGAACCGUAGAUGUGAUUUAAAGGCAGGCUGAGUCCGGUACGACUCGCCGGUGCAGUGGAGACGGUUUCCCCGUCGCUCCUGUCUACGCUCAGGCCUGUUCCACUGAUUCUGUUUUUAAAUGCUUCUUACUGCCUUAAGUUUAAUUGUGCACAAUAAAGAGUAAAUGAUCAA